AUGGCUCCUGAAAUCCCAGGGUUCUAUUAUGACCCGGAGAAGAAGAAGUACUUCAAAAUUCAAGCCAACCAUGCUGCACCUCCUAAUGCACAAUACUCACAGCAAGCCGUGAAGCGAAAGCGGUCUGAGUUGACGAAACGUGAAAACAAGACACGAUUCAGACAACGUGAGAAUAAAGAGACGAUCCGAAAAGCUGCAUCGUUGAAGCACCCUUUGGUGAACCUGCAAAGAGAGAUUGGAGUCAUUGUAUCCUCUCGUGCCAGGCAAGAACAGCAAGCUCGCAUUCAGGCCAGCCAACUGCACCGUGGGGAACUCCACCGUUUCGAGCCAUGGCCUAAUUCGUACAGCAUCCGACAUGUCUUGCGCAACCCACGUUCUGGGACAUUGAUAGCCGGCUCGGCUCGCGGAUAUGAAUCGUCUGUAUCGGUCUGUUUCCCUGACAUUGACGAGUCACAGUGGAGCUACGAUCACACUAUGGAACGGGUGUUAUUCAGAGAGCCGUACUGGUUAGGAUCAAUGUCUCUGAGUCACUCAGGAUACCUCCUUGCAACCAUGAACGAAGGCCCGCAAGGCGACUGCUUCCUUUCGGCUCAUCUUCUCCCAGAACCCGACGAAGGUGGCAACUACCGCUGGCCAACAUGUACGAUGCCACAUGUAUCUCUAUCCUCAGACACCGCGCUUACCCAAAGUCUUCCAGUCUCGCAUCCGAUUCGGAUCAGGCCCCACUACCCAAUGUCGUUCUGGUGCUCCGCGGCGCAGCCCACAGGAUCAACCGCCCAUUUCGCCAUAGGAACUUCAGAAGGCCUCCACACCCUGGAGGGUACUAGUAGCCAUUGGUGCCUAUCGAAGAAGCCAUUCAAGGGCAAUACAGUUUCCACGGGCAAUAGACGACGCUCCCAGCGCACCCAGAGCGUGCACGCCGUAGAAUGGAUGUCGCCUGACGUGAUUGCGGCGGGACAGAAGAACUCCAAAAUCUUCCUCCACGAUCUUCGCAGUGGUGGCAGUGCCACACGUCUCCAGCACAACGAUGCCGUGAUGGAAAUGAAGCAGAUGGACGAAUACCGGCUCGUGGCAGCAGGACCUACCUCGCUACGAAUGUACGACCUCCGCUUCGCGCCAACGGCACUUAAAUAUCAUGACUCCUCGAAGCCCUACCUCACUUUCCCCGAUUUCUCCUCACUUCCGUUUCCAACCUUCGACCUGAGCACCGAGCUAGGUCUUCUGGCCAGUCCCUCCCAAGACUGCAAAGUCCAGCUCUUCUCUCUUCAAACUGGACUCCAGGUCCCCCUCGCCUCUCACAGGGCGUCAAUACUCCUCACCACCUAG